AUGCCCAAAAGUAAAAAACCAAAAUUAUUAUUUAAUAAUGUAUUAGAGGAUCCGGAUAACAGGAGGAGUGAUGAUGAUAAAAAUAUUUAUAAAAGUUCAGAUAACUCUGAAAAAUCGUGCACGGUAUUAAAUUCUCAAUUUGAUAUUGGAUAUUGUGAAAUCGAGCCAACAUUUAAUAUAUUAUUGGACAGAAUUACAAAUGGCUUCAAUGAGGAAAAAAAAAAAGAUAAAUUUUGCAAUAGACUAUUUCGCGAUCUUACGAAUAUCGAUCGAUUUUUUUGUGGUAAUCGUCAAAAGAAGAAAAACAUCUUGAAAGUUUCUACGCCAACCUUUUCUUUUAAUUUCGGUAUUCGUAAACCUAAGAAACCAUUACGGAACAAAAAAUUUACGGUUAAUAUAAAAUCAUCGACGAUAAAAAAUCGUAAUCGCGGGACUGACCGCAAAGAAAAAACCAAAGAUAAUUACAAUAACAAAAAAAACUACGACGGUAAAAAAAAUUUUAGCCAAUCCGAAAGGGAAAAAAGUGAAGGGAAAAGAAAUUUACGAGGUAGCACCCGAGGAAGUGACGACAGUGGAGACAAUGACGAAAAUGAUAAAAAUAAAAAAAAUUGGAAUGCGGAAUGUAACGUGGACAAAAUGAAAGGUGAAGAUGAAGAAGAAAUGGAUGAUGAGGACGAUGAUGGAAUUAGAGUCAAUCAAAAAGAAAAUGACAGAGUUUUUAAUAAUUCUGAACUCAAGACUGAAAUGAAACCUUUAUCAUUACCUGAUAUAAGUCAAUAUGGAAAAUGUGAAAAGAAAGAAGAAUUCGAGUUACGAAAUAAUACCACGUUUUCCGAUUCAAAUGCGAUAAAUUGCAAAAAAAUAAAUUUAAAGACUCGUUGCGAGUCUACAGAAUCAACAGAUUCAGAAGAAAUAAAUGAUGGACAAAUAAACCAACAAUGGAAAUCGUCGAAAAAAUCAUCGGACGAAGAAAGGGUGAAGAAAUUCCUUCGGGAUUCACCGCCAUCUAUAUCAAUAACGAUGCCGAAAAAAAAAUACACGUUAAAUAAUGGAUCCGAGGAGAUUAAAAGAAAUUUCAACGACGCGAAUAAAAAAACAGAUCACGAUGAUGUCGUCAUUAUUGGAGAAAUACCAGCGGAGUCGAAAAAUUUAACCACGGUCAGAAGGUAUUCGUAUCAACCUAAUACUUCUCAUUAUCCUACGGAAAAAAGCAAUAGGGAUACAUCAAAGGAAACGGAUGCGGAAAACCCUGGAACAUUUUUUCCCAAAAUCGUUGACGUUCAGGGUAACGUUUCUGGAUUUGACACCAUAACGAAUUGUUAUGAAAAAAAUGUCGAAUUUAAUAAUGAUAGAAAUAAAAAAUGUGAUUCGUCUAAAAAAAAAAAAAGUAAAAAAUAUUUAGUUAAUGGAUUAAUUGAUUGA